AUGGAAAUUGUACAAAAGGCUAUCCGAAAGAAUUUAGAGAGGAAACAAAAGCAAAUGAGAAUGUAUCCCAUGUAUCAAAGAAGGAAUACAGGGAAAAAAUACAAGGUAAGAGGAAAAGAAAUUGAUAAUCGAUGGGUAGUGCCAUAUUCGCCAUAUUUAUUAAUGAAAUAUGAUCGGCACACGAAUUUGGAAAUAUGUUCAUCAGUAAAAAGCGUUAAAUACUUAUACAAGUACAUUCAUAAAGGAUUUGAUUGUGCUGCCAUUGAGGUGCAAGCAAGAGAUGGAACGAAACUCAUUAAAAUAGAUGAGGUAAAAUCAUUUAUGGAUGCAAGAUAUGUUAGUACACCAGAAGCAAUGAGGAGACUGAACGGAUAUGAAAUGUUUAUGAAGUCUCAUACAAUAAUAAGACUGGCAGUUCAUUUGCCUAAUCGCCAAAUGGUAUAUUUCAAAGAGGGAAAUGAAGAGCAAGCAGCAAUAAGUGCGCAGAGAAGGGACACUACACUUACUGCAUGGUUUAAAUUGAAUCAAGAUGAUGAAAGAGCGAGGGAUUUAUUAUACACAGAGACUUCGUCACAAUAUGUGUAUGAAAAGAAAGAAACAAAAUGGAAAUUACGUCAAAAAGGAACAGAAAAGAUCAUUUCAAGACUAUAUACAGUAAGCAUAAAAGAUAAUGAAAGAUAUUAUUUACGAAUGUUUCUCCUACAUGUUGCGGGAGCUAAAUGUUACGAGGAUCUGAGAACUGUCAACGGAGUUCUUUAUGAGACGUUUAAAGAUGCGGCAAAAACAAGAAAUUUGAUAGAAUCAGACGAUCAAUGGGACAAAACGCUAGAAGAAGCGAAAGAGAGCCAAAUGCCUGCACAGAUUAGAGAACUAUUUGCUUAUAUUUGCAUAUAUGGAACGCCUAUAGAUGUACCAACACUUUGGAAUAAAUAUAAAGACGCAAUGAUUGAAGAUUAUGUACAUAAAAAUAUGAAUAAUCCAGAAAAUAUAGCUAUGAAUUAUAUCGAGGAAAUUAUGAGAAAUAAUGGAACUAGCUGCAUAAACUUCAAAUUGCCAAAACCGAAGUCAUUGAAAAUUACUAAAAUAGAAUAUAAUUCAGAUGAGGAAAGAAGUAGAGGAGAAGAUUUAUUAUUGACAUUAAAUGCAGAGCAAAAGCACGUGUACGAAUUAGUAAUGCGAGCAAUUGAAAAUGAGAAUGAAGUCAAAAGAUUAUUUUUUAUAGACGGAUUUGCUGGAAGUGGAAAAACAUACCUGUUUAAUACAUUACUAAGUGUAAUCAGAGGAAGAAACGAGGUGGUUUUACCAUGUGCGUCAACAGGCAUAGCAGCAACACUUCUAAAGGGAGGAAGAACAUAUCACAGUUUGUUCAAGCUAACAAUACCAAUAGAUGAGAGAACGAAAUCAAAUAUCAGAGGAAAAACGCAGGAAGCAAGACAAUUAAUUUCUGCGAAACUAAUAAUAUGGGAUGAAGUGAGCAUGACUGUAGGACAAGCUCUAACAGCAGUCGAUAAAUUAUUAAGAGAUCUGAUGAGGAAUAAAAAACCAUUUGGAGGAAAAAUAAUUCUUUUUACAGGAGACUUUAGACAGAAUUUACCCGUAGUGGUUCAUGCAAACAGAAUAGCCAUAAUUGAGUCGACU